GCGGCGGCUGCAGCGGGCUGCACACAGCCCGCCCGGCACCACCAUGCUCGCCCUGGAGGCUGCACAGCUUGAUGGGCCACACUUCAGCUGUCUGUACCCAGAUGGCGUCUUCUAUGACCUGGACAGCUGCAAGCAUUCCAGCUACCCUGACUCAGAGGGGGCUCCCGACUCCCUGUGGGACUGGACUGUGGCCCCACCUGUCCCAGCUGCCCCCUAUGAAGCCUUCGACCCUGCAGCAGCCUCUUUUAGCCACCCCCAGGCUGCCCCGCUCUGCUAUGGACCCUCCACCUACAGCCCUGCAGGGAGCCUUGAACUGGCCCCCAGCCUGGAGGCCCCAGGGCCCGGCCUCCACGCAUACCCCAUGGAGGACUUCGCCAGCCAGACCCUGGGUCCCCCGGCAUAUGCCCCGUACCCCAGCCCCGUGCUGUCAGAGGAGGAAGACUUACCGUUGGACAGCCCAGCCCUGGAGGUCUCGGACAGCGAGUCGGAUGAGGCCCUCAUGGCAGGCCCUGAGGGGAAGGGAUCCGAGGCAGGUAUGCGGGAGUGGCUGGGGCCCCGCCCCCUCGGCGCCCGCCGCGUCCGGCGCCUCCCCAUUCAGAAAGUCGCAGGUCUCCCGCCGGGAAGGGCGCCAGCGUCCGGGCAGCCCUCCAGGGCCUUCCCAGCCUCCCGCCCGCCCCCGCCGGGGACGCCUGCCCCCUACCCGCGUCGGGUGCCCGCUCCGGGAAGAGUCGCGGGGAGCGGUCCCAGGAAGGGCGGCGGCCAGUCCGCGUCCCAGGUGGCCGGGGCCCAGGCCUUCGGGUUUGCCUAG